GCGCGGCUGAUCCUCUUUCAUCCUCCUUCCACUGCACCGGCGCGUGAUCUCCAUGGGAACGUCGUCACGCAGGAGGAAGUGAACGGGACGAGUUGACAGUUAGCUUGAUUAGCAUGGCAGCAAAGACAGUUCUGCCUAGGAGGGCCGACCCCACUGAGUUGAAAGCUAUUUUUGAAAAGUAUGCCAGCGUCAAGAAGAAUGACGAGAGCUUCAUGUCACCGCAGGACUUCGUGAGCCGUUUCCUACAUGCCCACACAGACAUCCGGCUGUCGGACGAGGCCACAAAGCUGCUGGCUGGAGUGGUGGAUCAGAAGAAAGACGGGUUGAUCUCCUUUCAGGAGUUUGUAGCAUUCGAGUCAGUGCUGUGUGCCCCGGACUCCCUCUUCAUGGUUGCCUUCCAGCUGUUUGAUAAAGCAGGCAGUGGAAUGACCACUUUUGAGGAUGUGAAGCAGGUCUUCAGCCAGACCACCAAUCACCAGCACAUCCCCUUUAACUGGGACUGUGACUUCAUACGGCUGCACUUUGGCGCAGAGAGGGACAAGAAGCUCAGCUACGGAGAGUUCACCCAGUUCCUCCUGGAGAUGCAGCUGGAACACGCGCGGCAGGCUUUCAUCCAGCGUGACCAAGCCCACAGCGGCUCUAUCUCAGCCCUGGACUUCAGGGACAUCAUGGUCACCAUCCGGCCACACAUGCUCACAUCCUUUGUGGAGGAAUGCCUCGUGGCGGUUGCGGGUGGCACCACUUCUCACCAGGUCAGCUUCUCGUACUUCAACGGCUUCAACUCGCUUCUCAACAACAUGGAGCUGAUAAGAAAGAUCUACAGCACCCUGGCUGGCCAUCGCCGAGAUGUGGAAGUCACUAAAGAGGAAUUCAUUGUGGCAGCUCAGAGGUUUGGCCAGGUGACACCCAUGGAGGUCGACAUCCUCUUCCAGCUGGCUGACUUGUCAGAGUCCCGUGGACGUGUUGGUUUAGUGGACAUUGAGCAGAUCGCUCCGCUGGAGGAAGGCGCCCUGCCCUACAACUUGGCUGAGGUCCAGAGACAGCAAUCUGGCAGUGACGUCUCCCGCUCAGUCCUCAUCCAGGUGGCAGAGUCGGCCUACAGGUUCACCCUUGGCUCAGUGGCAGGGGCUGUGGGUGCCACAGCAGUGUACCCCAUUGAUCUGGUGAAGACACGCAUGCAAAAUCAGAGAAGCAGUGGUUCCCUGGUGGGAGAGCUCAUGUACAAGAACAGCUUUGACUGCUUCAAGAAGGUGGUGCGCUACGAAGGUAUCUUUGGACUUUACCGAGGUCUUGUACCACAGCUACUGGGUGUGGCGCCCGAGAAAGCCAUAAAGCUCACAGUGAAUGACUUUGUGCGAGGGAAGACCAGACAGAGAGAUGGCACAGUCCCGCUGGGAGCUGAGAUCCUGGCUGGUGGAUGUGCUGGUGGCUCCCAGGUGAUCUUCACCAACCCUCUAGAGAUUGUAAAGAUCCGUCUGCAGGUGGCAGGAGAGAUCACCACAGGGCCGAGGGUCAGCGCCCUGUCCGUCAUCAGGGACCUUGGCUUCUUUGGACUUUACAAGGGCUCCAAAGCCUGUUUCCUGCGCGACAUCCCCUUCUCAGCCAUCUACUUCCCCUGCUACGCCCACCUCAAGGCUCGCUUCAGUGACGAGGAUGGAAGGAUAGGACCAGCCAAGAUGCUGCUGGCUGGAGCACUGGCAGGCAUGCCAGCGGCCUCUCUGGUGACCCCAGCUGACGUGAUCAAGACCAGGCUGCAGGUGGCAGCGCGUGCCGGCCAGACCACCUACAGCGGCCUGACCGACUGUUUCUGGAAGAUUCUCAGAGAGGAGGGACCCAGGGCUUUCUGGAAAGGAGCUGGAGCUCGUGUGUUCAGGUCCUCACCUCAGUUUGGUGUGACCUUGGUGACCUAUGAACUCCUUCAGCGCUGGUUCUAUAUCGACUUUGGAGGACAAAAGCCUGCUGGCUCAGAGCCCACCCCCAAGUCUCGGAUCAGCCUGCCGGCGCCCAACCCAGACCACAUCGGAGGCUUCAGGUUGGCGGUGGCCACGUUCGCUGGCAUCGAGAACAAGUUUGGGCUCCAUCUCCCACGCUACACGGUGGCGGCGGCAGCAGCAGCGGCCCCCUCCAAUGCAAGCACCCCCUGAACCUCCACUGGUAGUGGGAGGGGGGGGGUUAGUGAAAGAGAGGGCUUGAGUGUUAGUAGUAUUUUAAGUUAUUUAAAGUUCUUUAUAUUUUUUCUCCUCAUAAUCUUAUUUAAAUGGUAGUCUGUAUGCAAGCAUAUGGAUUAGUGAGGAAAUUAACACGGGCGCACAAAGAAAACUCUUUGUAGGACUCGUGCAGUAUUUGUUUUAUCUUUUGAUUGACAUUGUAUAGAGAUGUAUUCCAAUGUGGUUUUGUUUUUCAUACAGUCCAGCUGGUUCAGUAUAUGCACACAGGCAGCAGACGGGCUGGCAGAAGUUAAAACACACCUUAACUGCUUGCUUUCUUUGGAACAUACUAUGAAAAACUACAUAUAGUAUCGCAGCUUUUUCCAGUGUCUUCCUUUUAUUGCUUUAUAACCAAAAGCACAUUCCUCACGGGAUCGUAUAGCUGGCCAAA